AUGACCUUCAAAUUGGCCACGGUCGCGGUGUACAUGCUCAUGUUUUUCUUCAUCAUCUUCCUAUGCAACUUCUUGCACCUUUUGUUGCGCCCGCUUUCCCAACCCCGUGUGGUAUCCGAAUGCAUUGUCGGGCUCUUAAUCGGGAACUUGUUGUUGCGCAAGCCUUCGAUCAGCAAUGCAGGAAUACGAAGCACAUUGCAAUACAUUGUCGACGGGGCAAUGGUCCUCCACAUGUUUGUGGUCGGGCUAGAAGUUGAUCCCAACAUAUUCCUCGAGAUCCAUCUUCUCGAAGCCAAAGUUGCGUAUAGCGGAGUUCUGACGACAUUCGUCAUGGCUGCUUUGCUAACACCAUUGCUCAGCAUACCUGAUGGAUCCAAUGUGCCAUUCAAUCUUUGUCUCUCAAUUGUUGUUGCAGGCACAGGCAGUCCCUUACUGACGAGGCUAAUAACCGAUCUAAAGAUCGGCCGGUCGGACAUCGGGCGAUUCGUGGUGUCGGCCGGAGUCCACACCGACGUCAUGUGCACUCUCCUCAUCAGUAUUGGCUGCGUCAUCUUCGAUCCUUACUCAAGAUUCAUGUACCGCAGCAUGAAAUCGAUUAUGAAGAUGGUUUGCCUUCUGUUCAUCGAGCUAAUCCUCGCAUCGAAGCUGACCCCUCUCAUCAUGAACUGGGUAAAUCGCGAGAACCCAGAUGGGAAGCCGAUAAAAGGGUCGCAUCUAGUGCUCGCCGUCGCGUACGUCUUCCUCAUCUGCAGCUUUUCGCCGUUGUUCGCUGAUUACAACAAGGUUAUGAGCGCGUUCCUGGCUGGAGUUUUUAUGCCGCGAGACGGCCGGAUAGCGAAGACCAUUAUCAGCAAGGUAAAUUAUUUUUUUGCAGCUGUGUUCUUCCCUCUCUUCUUCUUCUGGACGGGUUCUUUGGCUCAGCUCAAUAAUUUCGAGGGCCGGAAAUUGGCGACUUGGGGGAAUUUGUUCUUCAUCUUCUUGAUCGCCACCGUCGGAAAAGUGGCCGGAUCGUUGUUGUCCGGCGUCAUGCUUGGGUUUCAAUGGAAGGAUUCGAUUGCUGCCGGUUUGUUGUUGAACAUUAAGGGCCAUUUUCACGUCUACUUGGCGAUGAUGGCGUCGAUGAUGGGACUUACAAAUCUAUCCACAAGCAUCAGCAUGUUGUUUUCAAUCUUUCUUACAAUCAUCUACACCCCGUUGGUUGUCGCAAACAUCAUCCGCCGGGCGAGGAAGCGCUCCCCGACUCAACGGAUGGCGCUCCAAUGGCUCAAUCCCUCGACCGAGCUCGGCAUUCUCCUAUGCCUCCACGACCCACAAAAUGUUCCUUCGGCCAUAAACUUCAUGGAGAUCUCCCGCGGCCCCCCUGACCCGGGGAUUGUGGUGCACCUCACGGACAUGGUCGAGCUGACCGACAAAAUCGCAGCCACAUUGUCCCACGGGCAGGGCAGCGACGGUGUGUCUGUGACAGAUCCGGAAGUCAUUGAAAUGAGGGAGCAAAUAGCCGAGGCGGUGGACAUUUACAUGAGUGAGCAUGGUGAUGGGGUCACGGUUAAGCAAAUGCUCACCCUUUCGACCCUCAACAAUAUGCACCAAGACUUGUGUAUUUUGGCCGAGGAUUUGAUGGUUUCGCUCAUCGUAUUGCCGUUCCAUAAGCAAAGAGACGAGAGCGGAAGGCUCGGCAUGGGACACUCCGGCUUUCGACAUGUUAAUAGAAAGAUAUUCCGGCAUGCUCCGUGCUCAGUCGGGAUUCUCGUGGACCGUGGCCUCGGCGCGGCCAUGAUAUCGAGAGCCUCAAUAUCCAUCCACGCCGCCGUGAUCUUCAUCGGCGGGAAAGACGACCGGGAGGCUUUGGCCUACGCCGGUCGGGUGGCGUGCCAUCCCGGCGUGAAGCUCACCGUCAUAAGAUUCCUCCUAGAGGCGACCGGAGAUAGCGUGUCCUCGAUCAUCACCAUCGCAAAGGCAAACACGUCGGAGCAUCUAGAAGAGAUGAAGGUCGACGACGAGUGCUUUGCCGAUUUCUACGACAAGCACGUCGCCGGAGGGCAAGUGUCGUACAUGGAGAAGUACCUCGUUAACUCGGGGCAAACAUUUUCGACGCUAAGAUCCCUCGAAGGGCAAUACGGUCUUUUCAUAGUCGGGCGAGGAGGGAGGGUGAAUUCGAUACUCACCGUAGGGAUGAACGAUUGGGAGGAGUGCCCGGAGCUCGGCCCCAUUGGCGAUAUCCUUUCGGCGCCGGAUUUCUCGGUGACGGCGUCGGUUUUGAUCAUACAACAACACAGCCUCAGGGGCGAACUCGAUGGCCUCCAAGACGAAUUCUCGAUUAUGUAA